GAAAGGAUGUUCAGUUACUCGCGGGCCUGUUGUCUGAUACUGGGAUGGAAAGUCACAGUCCGCAGGCUGGAGUGAGGCGCGGGAAGAUGCCUGGUCCUUGCCUCGCGGACUUGGCAGCCGCGUCCUUCGGGUCUGUCCACUGAACUGCUGAGGACUCGCCCGUGUGCGGGGACCCGAGUGCCACUUCCCGGAGCCUUACCUUGCUCUCCAGCCUCCAGGCUAGCUAAUACCUGGAGGGCAGGGCAGGGCUGUUACCGCUCUCACCCCUUGCGGAAGGAUGGCAGGAUCCGGCGCAGCGACGUAGCAGCGGGAGGGCACAGCGACCUGCAUCUCCAGUUUCUCCUCAGGACACAAGGCUGACUUCACCUUCCGGACAGCUGCAAAGCCCCUGCCAGAACCAAACCGAACUCGCGCCUCGGAGAGGGGCUUCUGGGGCCGGUUCGCUGCAGGGCAUGGGGAGUGGAGAGAGGGAAGGGGAAGCCUGGGGCUGUGUGCGCGCGCGUGGGAGCGCGCCUCGGAGCGCCCCGCAUACCCCACUCUAUCCCCGGGGGCACUUUGGGAAGGAGGGAGUGGUAGUCGCGGGAAUGAGGGAGCAAGAGAAACCCUCUCAAAGCGACGCCCCAAACAGGUCCGGAUUUAGAAUUCGAAGCUAAAGGCUGUUAGAAAUUGGGACUCCACGCGGGAGGAGAGGAGGGCGGCGCCGCCGGGCUCUGGGUGAAGAGCGGCGCAGCGGCGGCUGCGGCGGGCGGGGGGCGCUUGGGCAGCGGCAUGAAGGAUGUGGAGUCGGGCCGGGGCAGGGUGCUGCUGAACUCGGCAGCCGCCAGGGGCGACGGCCUGCUACUGCUGGGCACCCGCGCGGCCACGCUCGGGGGCGGCGGCGGUGGCCUGAGGGAGAGCCGCCGGGGCAAGCAGGGGGCCCGGAUGAGCCUGCUGGGGAAGCCGCUCUCUUACACGAGUAGCCAGAGCUGCCGGCGCAACGUCAAGUACCGGCGGGUGCAGAACUACCUGUACAACGUGCUGGAGAGACCCCGCGGCUGGGCGUUCAUCUACCACGCUUUCGUCUUGAACCUUUUCCCCGAGGACACCCAAUGAACUGCCCGGUAGCUUCAGGCUCCCAGGGCGAGAGCCAGGCAGACGCGGGACUUAGGCUGCGCGGAUAAUUGGGAGCAAUUAGGUCCCAAGAUACUGAAACUUCAACCGAACGGGGCGCCCGGGAGCUAGGGAAUGCGAAGGGAGGACAGGCGCCCGUGUGAGGCUUGAGAGUAUAUUGGAGAGGUUAGGAGGUGAUGGCGGGGUAGGACGGGGAGGAGUGAGGGGGCACCGAGGGCUAGGUCCUCAGUCCAAGGGCGGAGUAGGGGAAGCUGCUACUUGGAGAGAGCUGCUAGGUUUUAAGUGCGCCCGGAAACACGCCUCGCCACCACCCAGCCACCGCCAACGGAAAAUCUGUCAGUGCACGUAGCCCUUCUUGCCACGGAGAAGGUGGCUAAGGUCUAGAGGAGGCCAGCAGGCCAGGCGAAGCAACGCUCCCGCGCUGCAGCGGGGAACCUGGGGCGCAGGAACGCGGGCAGAGCUGCGAUAGCAGAAGCGCAAAUGGGUCGCCUUGGACAGAGAACGGGCAGUAGGUUAAGUCCCCAUUUGUGGCGCGGAGUCAAAGGUGUGUGUGUGUGUGUGUGUGUGUGUGUGUGUGUGUGUGUGUGUGUGUAUAAAGUAAGCCUUCUCCAUCUAGCAGAGAAUGCUUAAUGAGAAAAUGAUUGAAAGCAAAUGUUUAUUUUUCCCUUAGGCAUUUAAAACCUUUCAGUGGCUUUAAAGUUUACCACUGUUUAAAAAAAAAAAAAAAAAAAAAAAAGAAAGAAAAAAGGAAAAAAGAAAAAGAAUAAU